AUGGCGUCCCCGUCGAAGCAUAGAUUAAAAAGACCGUCAUGGUAUAGAAGGCUUAUGCAGAAGAGAUUGCCUAUUACUAAAUGGCUGCCCGCGUAUAAUUCGGAGAAAGCCUUAGCUGAUAUUAUAGCGGGUAUUACUGUGGGUCUUACUGUAAUUCCACAGGCUCUAGCCUAUGCGACGCUAGCUGGCUUACCACCCCAGUAUGGCCUUUAUUCGUCGUUUAUGGGUUGUUUUAUAUAUAUUUUAUUCGGCUCGUGCAAGGACAUCACCUUGGGGCCUACUGCACUGCUGGCAUUGAUGACCUAUGAGCAAAUUCAAGGUCGGAAUUUCGAUUAUGCCGUGUUGUUAUGCUUUCUUACUGGCAUAGUUCAACUGAUUAUGGGAUUAUUGCACUUAGGUGUUCUGAUAGACUUCAUCUCGGUACCCGUUACGGUCGGUUUCACAUCGGCGACUUCUGUUAUCAUAGCCGUUUCACAGCUAAAAGGCCUGCUCGGGUUGCAGUUUAAAUCUAGGGGGUUUCUGGACACUGUUAAAAAGGUCGUCGUAAACAUCCCUAACGCAAAAUUAGCCGACACGCUUUUAGGAGCCUGCUGUAUAGUCGUCCUGCUUUUAAUGAGAAAAAUUAAGGACGUCAAUUUACCACCACAACAAAAGGGACUGAAGAAAGCUUUGUGGUUGCUAUCUACCUCAAGAAACGCGAUAGUGGUACUAUUAUGUGCCGUUAUGGCGUUUUUGUGGGAAAAUAAUUCCCAAUCGCCUUUCAAACUAACUGGGACUGUUAAAGAAGGUCUACCGCCGCUAAGUCUGCCACCUUUUGGAACAGUUGUUGAUGGCAAACACGUGACGUUUUGGGAAAUGUGCGCUGAACUGGGAUCUUCCAUCGUAUUGGUGCCUAUCAUUGGGGUAUUGGGCAACGUAGCUAUUGCUAAGGCGUUUGCUAGUGGAGAAUCAGUUGAUGCGACUCAGGAGUUGAUAACGCUCUCGUUUGCGAAUAUUCUCGGUUCUUUUCUAAGCGCGAUGCCAAUAACUGGAUCUUUCUCUAGAAGCGCUGUCAACCAUGCGAGUGGUGUCGCCACACAAUUUGGUAGUCUUUAUACAGGUAUAUUAGUAAUUUUGGCAUUAAGUCUUCUAACUCCAUAUUUCUACUACAUCCCGAAAGCUUCGUUAGCCGCUGUUAUUAUUUGUGCGGUCAUAUUCAUGAUUGAGUAUGAGGUAGUGAAACCAAUGUGGCGUUCUCGUCGCGCCGAUUUGGUACCAGCUUUUGCGACAUUUGCGCUAUGCCUUAUAGUUGGUGUAGAGUUGGGUAUAGUGGCUGGAGUACUCCUCAAUGUGGUACUCCUUCUAUAUCCCAGCGCAAGGCCGCAGCUAGAAGCAGAGAUAGUUACAAGCAAUUCCGGUCUCAGUUACCUCCUAAUUACCGUUGGUAAUAGCCUCUACUUCCCUGGAGUGGAAUACAUACGCCAGUACGUGACACGAGCAGCCAGCAAACAAUCCGGAAACGUUCCCGUCGUUAUUGACUGUCGAUAUGUGUUAGGAGCCGACUUCACAGCGGCAAAGGGCCUCUGCGCAUUAUCGAACGCGCUGUCGUCUCGCGGUCAGCCUUUAGUCCUGUUAUCGCCAAGGGCUUGUGUUGCCUCGGUGUUCACUGGUGCUGGUUCGAGUGUGCAUGUAGUUCUUAAUGCCAACGAAUUAGAUGUUAGUCUUCAAGAAUUAACUGGCCAAAUACCGCUCCCAGUGAUCGAAACAGACCCAAAGAGGGUAACACCCCCUCCAAUGUACGCCUCCCUAGCACAAAAUGAAGACUCUCUAGAGGUUAUUAUAGCUGAAGAUGACAAGACGUCGCCCUUACUUACCACAGUGCAUAGAAAGAAAAUCAGUGAGGUAGAUGAUACUUAG